AUGCUAAGUUCGAGGGGCAAUCGCCUCUUGACCUGCAACAAAUGUGUUCGACACACGGCCAAACAUCCACAGCGAAGAUGGCAGUCCAUAGCCUCCGUGGUAGCUCGCGCUAUCUCUCCGAGCACCCCAGUCGAUCACGCCGCGAGUUCUAGUCACGAUGAUACCGUUUUGCGCAGUUUAUUCGACGCUCCUGCUGGCAGAUCUUUCCCCAAGUUUAGCUUGAAGAGGAGCCAAGGCCUUUUCAAGAACCGAUACCUUACGAGCCCGGCUGGCUUCCAACAAUUUGCCCAGAAGAACCUUGAGCGAGCAACUAAGAUUGUCAACAAGGUCCUGAGUGCGUCUUCGAUACACGAGUAUCAAUCCGUCGUUCGCGACCUCGACCGGCUUAGCGAUCUGUUAUGUCGUGUGUUGGACCUCUCGGAUUUUGUUCGUAUGACACACCCAGAUAUCCGGUUUCAAGAAGCCUCUGCCAAUGCUUGGGGUAUGGUCUAUCAAUAUAUGAAUCAGCUCAAUACCAUGACUGGCCUGAGCGAUCAAUUAAGCCAGGCCCUAUCCAUGCCUGAAGUCACGAAGGUGUGGUCAGAAGAGGAGAGAACUGUGGCCGAGCAGCUUAAGCUUGACUUCAUGAAAUCGGCAGUUAAUCUGCCAAAAGCUUCACGGGACAGAUUUGUGGAGCUGUCUUCUCGUAUCAGUGAGAUAGGGUCGGCCUUUGCACAGGGAAUGCAGCCAGCAAGAAAACAAGUGACUUUACCUGCUUAUAAGUUUUAUGGUCUUUAUCCUGGUAUUGCAGCGACACUCAAAGUAAGACAGAAUAUCACUCUGCCCACUUUGAGUUCAGAUGCAAUAGGAGCGCUUCAGAGUGUACAUGAUGAGGAUACCCGCAAAGAGAUCUACCUGGCCCAGCGGACCGCAUCUCGCGAGACCAUAAUGUACCUCGAAGCCAUGUUGAAGCUGAGAGGUGAGCUGGCAGAACUUGCAGGCUUUGAGAGUUAUGGACAUAUGGCCCUCAAGGACCGCAUGAUGGCAAAAACACCCUCAUCCGUGAUGGAAUUCCUGCUUGCCUUAAGAAAUAACAAUACCCCUGUAGUUCAGGCUGAACUACAAGAACUAAUUGCAAAGAAGCGAAACAGGCUUAACCUCCCAGAUGUUCAGCUCCAGGCCUGGGACAAGGACUUUUAUAUGGAGAAGAUCAGAGUUGACUUAAGGUCACGGCAACGACAAGAGGAUCAAUUGAAUUCUUUCUUCUCCGUCGGAACAGUGAUACAAGGCCUAUCAAGACUGUUUGAUCGCCUUUAUGGCAUUCGUCUUGUGUUGCGGGAGACUCUACCAGGGGAGACGUGGCAUCCCGACGUUAAACGACUUGAUGUCGUUACUGAUAAAGGUGAACAAAUCGCCGUUCUCUACUGCGAUCUAUUCCAUCGCCCACAAAAGUCAGGCAAUCCAGCUCAUUUCACGGUCCGAUGCUCCCGCGAGAUCCUUCCUGGUGAAGUCGCGGAGGUUGCUGCUGAUCAGGACGGAAACGGACCGAGCUUUGAGUCACCUGAAAUGGCAGCCAACGAUGGCAUGGAGAUUUCUGUAAAGGAUGGCGUCCUGAAGCAACUGCCUACCAUUGCACUCGUUUGUGAUUUCCUGCCAAGCGAGAAUUCUAAGGAACCGUCCCUACUCUCCUAUCAAUCUGUCGAGACUCUCUUCCAUGAAAUGGGCCAUGCUAUUCACUCUAUACUUGCACGAACUAGCUUCCAGAACGUCUCUGGUACUCGUUGCGCCACUGACUUUGCCGAGCUACCUUCUACCCUCAUGGAGCACUUUGCGGCAGACCCUACUGUCCUGUCUUUGUUUGCACGUCAUUGGAAAUCAGACCGACCCUUACCUUAUGAGCUUGUCGCUGAACGAAUUGGUCUAACAAAACGUUUCGAAGGUCUGGAAACAGAGAACCAAAUUAUCCUUGCUAUGGUUGAUCAAGCCUACCAUUCCUCCAACGCUGGCCUUGAUUCAACCGCAAUCUUCCAUGAUAUCAAGGCGCGUUUCGCACACGGCCCUCAAGAUCCGCCAAGUACCUGCUGGCAGGGCUUCUUUGGUCAUUUGCAUAGUUACGGCAGUACCUACUAUAGCUAUCUCUUUGAUCGUGUUCUUGCCGAGCGUGUCUGGCGUGUUGUGUUCAAGGCUGGAGAGAAUCGCGGUGCCAUCAGCCGCGAGAACGGAGAGCGACUUAAGGAGAACCUUCUUAAAUGGGGAGGCGGUAGAGAUCCCUGGACCUGCCUGGCUGACACCCUUGAAGAUGAGAGACUUGCACCUGGUGACGAAAAGUCCAUGGCGCUGGUUGGAAGUUGGGGCAUUAAAGACGAUCACCAUCCCUGA